AUGAACCCCUCCUAAAAUUCUAGAAUCGAGCGAGUAGAAUCACUGAUCGAUUUUUUUGUUGUGUUUUGCUAUAUCAACUGGAAAAUCUUUCUGUCUAAACCUAAAAAGAAUGGAAGAGGGAGAAAACAUUGCAAUAAGUUUUGAAUCUAAAUCAGAUGUGACAGUCAAUUCAGAUCUUUUAAAUUUUGAGGACAUCAAGUCAGACGAAUCAACAUUAUCAACUUUAGAGGACAUAAAGCCAGACAUACUAUCAACAUAUUCUAGCUUUGAGGACAUUAAACCAGUUGUGUCAGCAUUUUCAACUAUUGAGGACAUACAACAUGUUGUCACAUUUGAAACUUCUGAAGAUGAGAAGCCAUAUGGUUCAAAUAUGCAGAUAAAUAAUUCAAUACAUUCUGCUAUUUAUAGAGAAAAAGUGACUCUUUUGAGUUCAGAGAUUCACAGUGAUUUAAAUUUAGAUAUAUCAAGUUUAAAUAAUAUAAUUUACUCUGCGGAAAAACAUGAGUGUGAUAUUUGUGAUGAAACAUUUUCUGUGAAGCAAGGGUUAUCUGAGCAUAAGAUUACUCAUUCAAGAGUUUAUGAGAAUGGUAUUUGUCGUAAAAAGAUUUCUCAGAAAGGUCAUUUAAAAACCCAUAAAACUUUUCAUUAUGGAGUUAAAAAACAUGAGUGUGAUAUUUGUCAUAAAAAAUUCUCUCAGAAGAAUAAUUUAAAAACCCAUAAAACUAUUCAUUCUAGAGAGCAUAAACAAGAGUGUGAUAUUUGUCAUAAAAAGGUUUCCCUGACUUACUUAGCUCAGCACAAAAAGAUUCACUCGUUGGUACGGGUAAAUGAGUGUGAAAUUUGUCACGGAGUUUUUGUUAACAAACAUGUAUGCAAAUCUAAAACGAUUACUGCCAGAGCUAACAAGUACGAGUGUGACAUUUGUCAAAAAUUGUUUUCUCGAAAACGUGAUAUGUCCCAGCAUAAACUUGUUCAUUCUGAAGUUAAAGAGAAUGAGUGUGAUAUUUGUCAUAAAGUUUUAUCUCGAAAAUAUGAUAUGGCUCGGCAUAAAAUCAUUCAUUCUGGUGAAAAACCAUACGAAUGCAACAUUUGUCAUAAAACUUUUUCUCUGAUGGAAAACUUUACUAAGCAUACAAUUAUUCAUUCUGAAAUUAAGGAAUAUGAGUGUGAUAUUUGUCAUAAAUUAUUUUCUCGAAAAUAUGAUAUAUCUCGGCAUAAAAUUAUUCAUUCUGGAGUUAAAAAACAUGAGUGUGAUGUUUGUCAUAAAAAGUUUUCGCUGAAGUAUUUAUAUGAGCAUAAAAAAAUUCACUCGAAGGAAAUGACAAAUGAAUGUGAUCUUUGUCAUACAAUUUGUUUUAAUAAGAGUGAUUUGUUUAGACAUAAAAAAUUUCAUUGUGAAGGAAAACAACAUGAGUGUGAUAUUUGUCAUAACAAAUUUUCUCUAAAGAAAGCUUUAUCUAGCCAUAAAAUAAUUCACUUGGAAAAAAAGUACGAGUGUGAUAUUUGUCAUCAAAAUUUUUCUUUCAAGCGAGAUUUAUCUAGACAUAAAAUUAUUCAUUUGAAAGAAAAACCACAUGAAUGUAUCAUUUGCCAUAAACAAUUUUCUUUGAAGCUUACUCUAUCUAGACAUAAAAUUAUUCAUUUGAGAGAAAAACCACAUAAAUGUAACAUUUGCCAUAAACAAUUUUCUUUGAAACAUACUUUGUCUAGACAUACAGUUACUCAUUCGGGAGAAAAACCACAUGAGUGUAGCAUUUGCCAUAAAAAAUUUGCUUUCAAAAUAAGUUUAUCUAGGCAUCAAAUGAUUCAUUCUGGAAUCAAGAAACUUGAGUGUGAUAUUUGUCAUAAGAAGUUUGCUUGGAAAAGUACUUUAACUAGCCAUAUAUUUCUUCAUUCUGGAGAAAAGCCACAUGAAUGUGACAUCUGCCAUAAAAAAUUCUCCUUGAAGGAUGCCUUAGUUAAACAUAAAAUUACUCAUUCUGAUGAACAACACGAAUGUAACAUUUGUCAUAAAAUAUAUUCUCGGAAAAAUUCUUUAUCUAAACAUAAAAGUAUUCGUCAUAGAGUUAAGGAACACGAGUGUGAUAUUUGCCAGAAAAAAUUUGCUUUAAAGUCCCAAUUAACUAGCCAUAGAAUUCUUCAUUCAGGAGAAAAACCAUAUGAAUGUAUCAUCUGCUAUAAAAAGUUUCCUCUUAAGAAUAGUUUAUCCAAGCACGAAGCUACUCAUUCUGGUGUUAAAAAACAUGAGUGUGAUAUUUGUCAUAAAUUGUUUUCUCGGAAAUAUGAUAUUUCUCGGCAUAAAAUUAUUCACUCGAGAGAAAAACAGUAAAAUGUGAAGGAGAUUUAUUAUAAAAAUAUUAGUUGUAAGGCUGUUUUACUCAUUGUCGAGAAAAACAGUUUUUAUGUAACAUUUCUUGUUAUGUUUUCUUAUAAUUUAAAACAUUAAUUAUCUCAUCGUGAACAAAAAUUAAAAUAAAUAUUAUGUCUGUUACAUGUUUGGUCAGAUAAUUACUCAUUUUGGAGGCUGAUGUAUGUAGUAUGUGUUGAAAAUAAAUGUAAAGGAACUUCAGUUUUUUAAAUUUAAAUAUAAUAUUCAUACUUUGUGUGUUGGUAGACUUGAAUAUUUUUCAUGAACACUAUAUCCAUUAUAUAAAAAAUUGGUAGAAUGUUAUAUAUAAUUUUUUUUUUUAAAUUGUAUUCUCCGACUGCCAAAUCUAUAAAAAAAAUAGAAUAUUUAAUUUUUUAAAUAAAUUGUAAUUUAUGUAGAUUAUGUAUUGUACUUAAGGUUCACUAUUUUGCAUGGUUUUUAUUGUCACCCAGGUUUCACUGCCAGAGGAGGGGAGAUACCCCAUACAGCCCUCUAUGUAGUUUACUGAGAUACCCCAUACAGCCCUCUAUGGAGUUUACUGAGAUACCCCAUACAGCCCUCUAUGGAGUUUACUGAGAUACCCCAUACAGCCCUCUAUUUACUGAGAUACCCC